UUAGCGCUGCAGGUGUGAAGGUCUGGCUGAUUAGCACCGCGAUCCUCUAGAUCGCAAUAAAAGCUGCGCCCGGCCAUUUCAUAGUGCAUUCGCAGUCAGUCAAUCAACAGUAGAAAUGUUUGUGUUUUUGAUUAGUGCCUUGCUCGUAAUAGCGCCGACCUUAAGCAGGCCGCAGGAGCAGCAGCAGCCGACCCCUCAGCAGGGUGGAUCGACCCCAAUUCCAAUUGUUAGCCAAUCUGCGGAGACAAAAGAGGACGGCGGAUUCAGCUACAGCUUCGAAACUGGCAACGGAAUCAAAGUGGAGGAAAGCGGCAGCGUUAAGGCGAAUCCACAGGCCCGAAGUUUGGGCAACGACACCGACUCGGAUGUUGUGGUGCUGAAGGGCAGCUUCAGCUACACGGCGCCUGAUGGUCAGCUCAUCAGCGUCAAGUAUGUGGCGGACGAGAACGGGUUCCAACCGGAAGGGGAUCAUCUGCCCACGCCGCCCCCCGGCCUUGAAGUGGCCCUGAAGGCGAAUUUGGGCGCCCAGGUGGCGCAGUCUGGCACCACGCCACCCCAACCGGACGUCACAGUCUAAGCGCCUUAAGCGAAUGCAACUGUUAAAAUAAACGGGGAUUUGGUACCAAAUCAAA